UCUCCACGUGUCUAAGCCGGGCUGGCUUCAGGCUAGCAUUUUAAAGCUGGACCACCAAUUCGCCCUGAAAUCUGACCCUGUGAAGGUAUAUCAGGAAUUUGAGCCUUUCAAUCUACUCGCUCGUCUACACGUACGGCAAAUCCUAGCUCGUGGCUGACAAUCCCAGGCCAGCCCAGAACUUGCAGCGACACCGAGCCAGAGUUGCGGUGUUUGUGUAUGCAGGCCGUGUGGACUUGCAUUCCGCUCGAACAGCUUAUCAACUCCCUAUACGUGCGGACUCGGUGAGGCCGCUGGUCAAUUGGCGCGAUGGUUACGCCCUCAGUGCCUGAGAUCUACGAAGAAGAGGAUCUCUACGCCGCUAUCGAUGCCCGCACAGAAUCUCUGCAGAGUCUACGGGAGCUGGGCCCUCCGGACCUGGUCUACCUCGUAAAACAACCCAAGGCCAAUGCGACCCGCCAGACGGGGGUUUACCAUCAUGUCACAGGUGUCGAUGCUUCAUCGUCGGCUAGUCUCGCCGCAUAUGUCAAUACAUUGACCUACUCGCCAGUUGAUAAAUUGAAUAAGGUGGUUUCUGGAAUCUAUUGUUGCUAUAAUGCCUUUUCUCACUUGGACAUGCGCGUAGAGGUCAAGAUCCCCGGGAGCCUCGAGAGCUAUUGUAUUGACGAACGAGGAGAUAAAAGAGUUGCAAACGAAGCUCUUUGGCUCGAGACAUUUCUCUGUGCCGUGCUCAGAUCUUACACAUAUGCCGAUGAUGGGACUGGCGAUGCGAUCAAGAAAAUUGUCGGUGUGCGCAGGUUCAACCCAGUGACAAAUACUGAGAUGGAACACAAAUUCCUUGACGCAGCGGAGAAAUUAUUUUUCAUGGGACGACAGCUUAGUUCGGACCCCGAGACGCAAGUUCCAAACACCGUUGCCAAUCAUUUGACUUCCUGUCUCCUUAAAUACAUACAUACAACUGGUCGGUACGCAUCCGGCAUAAACCUUUUCGAAAAGCUGCGAACAAAGGAUGUGGAGGUAUCUUCGCUUUUGGCGCGGGUCAUGAUCUCUGCAGACGAGGAAGUCCAGGCAGUGCGACUCAUGCAUGAUGCAUUGCAGGAUGUGCCCAUGGAUUAUGCGCUGCUUGAUUGUCAGGCAGCCUUCUGUAUGAGCAAAGGAGAAGGGGAGUUAGCCCUAGAGUGUGCUAAACGAAGCGUUACAGCAGCGCCGAGCGAAUUCAGCACAUGGGCUCGGCUAGCUGAAGUAUAUAUCUUCCUCGAACAAUGGGAUCUGGCUCUAUUGACUCUGAAUUCGUGUCCGAUGUUCACAUAUCAAGACAAGGAUGUCCCACGGAUGCCGCCGCCUUCCCGAGUGCUACUUCCAAUUCUUCCAGAGAGUGUCCUGGACGAGAUUGAUGAAGGACAACCCAAACAAGGAGACCCUCACGAUUUUGUCCAUCCAUCUCUCCGAAAAUUGCAUGCGACAGCAUACCAAGGCACGUUUAUGAAAGCCUACGACCUCCUCACCAAGAUUGCGGCGGCUAUCGGAUGGGACCAGCUUUUGAAGAUUCGUAGCGAAGUGUUUGUCAUGGAGGAGGAGUAUCGGGUAGAACGUCAACAUACACCCAAGACCGGACACUCACACAACGCCAGCACGGUAGCGCUCAAUCCGCCAAGUCCUAACCCGGAGACCAACGGUCAUAGUACCGAGGCCGAAGAGGAUGAAGACGAGGGAAAAGAAGAUGGCACUGCAGCGAACGGAGAGGCCCAGAGCAAAGCAGCAGAAGGCCCUACGAUCGAAAAGCCUGAGCAAACCGUUGCAUCCGAAACAGUCAAGUCAGGGAACGACGACCCGGACCCAUCUCAUUCCAAUUACACGCAAUUUCAGAACAAGCGACUUUGUGAACGGUGGUUAGAUAAUCUCUUCAUGGUGCUCUACGAAGAUCUGCGGAUCUACACCAUCUGGCGAUCCGAGAUGGCUCACUCACGCCAUCAAUCGCUCGAGUAUAAGAAGACGGCGACGGAGUGGGAGAUUCUGGGCGAGCUUGCCGACCGACUGCAUCACUUUGACGAGGCAAUUGAAGCUUAUCGGCAAUGUCUGUCGAUACGAUUCUCCCCCAAAGCGAUGCGCGGGAUCCUGAAGCUGUACGAGAAGCAGGGUGAUACACGCGGAAUGCUCAAUGCAUUGAUCCGAUUGAUUGCUUGGCAGUACCGAUGGUACUCCGAGUUCUCGCCCGAGCUGUUAUUUUCGGUGCGCAAGCUCAUUGAAGACGAAGGCGCGGUCAAAGUUCGCAGUAUUGUGCAAGCGACGAACCUGCCACAGCCAGUGCUCGAUUUAACGCACCACUAUUGCCAGGUUUGUGCCACAUUCCGGAGCACUGGCAGCGAUGUAUGAUCCGCGGUUGGCGUAGGUAGAGCGUAUGGCAAUUUAUAGCAUAAUCAUCGUAUUUUUCUCUAUUUGUUUUACAUUUUUUCAUUUACCUUGCACCCUACUUGUGACAGGAUCAUUCAGACGAUUAGUUUUCAUGUUGUCAACGUCUCUUCGCGACUCAAGCUCGUUACUGUCACUACGGGAUCUGAUACCACAGAAUAGUAUGUAAUUAGCUAUAAAUGACGCAUAAUUGCAUGUAGAACCUGGAAUACCAUAGCGUACACUGCGUACACUACGUACACAGCAGGAAGCCGGAGAUAGGGAGCCGGCAGUAGUAUGAGACAAUAUGAGGAUGCCAUCAGCGAAUCAGGUCAUAAUACGACUAUCUCCACCACGGCGACCGAGGGGUAAUUAAUUACCUAUUGCAAAUUGAUGACAAUAACAAUAAUAAAUAGAUAAAGCGACAAAGAAUAAAC